AUGAUGGAUUUUGACGAGCGGGUACCCGUUGGGUCUAACAUGUAUUUGCCCAGCUGCACGUAUUACGUAUCUGGAACGGAAUUUUCCAGUCUUCCUCAUUUUCUGCCCCAGACCCCGUCUUCUUGCCCCAUGACAUACUCAUACUCCACGUCUAAUUUGCCACAAGUUCAGACCGUUAGAGAGGUGUCUUUCAGGGACUAUGCCAUUGACACGUCCAGUAAGUGGCACUCCAGGGGCAAUCUGCCACACUGCUACGCGACAGAAGACAUGGUGCACAGGGACUGCCUGUCCAAUCCUGGAACUUUGGGGGACAUGAUAUCAAAAAACAACUCGGUUCUUUACCAUUCCAACGCGAGCCACACAUCCAGCGUGUAUGGCAGCGUCGGGAGAAACGGCGUGCUUCCCCAAGCGUUCGAUCAGUUUUUCGAGACAGCGUACGGGAAUGCGGAUAACCAGUCGACCGAGCCACCGGUGGACAGAGCGACCAGCAAGGCGCCUCAAGCCGCGGAAUCGGGGAGCGACAGCUGUCGGGCAACGGAUGAGACCGAGCGGUGUGAAGAGACGAGCAGUCCCGAGUCAUCUUCUGGGAACAACGAAGAAAAAUUCAGCGGCAACAGCAGUGGACAGAAGACACGGAAAAAGAGAUGUCCUUACACCAAAUAUCAAAUCAGAGAGCUGGAAAGAGAAUUUUUCUUCAGUGUUUACAUUAACAAAGAAAAAAGGCUACAGCUCUCCAGAAUGCUGAACCUCACCGACCGUCAGGUGAAAAUAUGGUUUCAAAACAGGAGAAUGAAAGAAAAGAAACUAAACAGAGACCGUUUGCAGUAUUACACCACGAACCCUUUGCUCUAG